CCGCGCACCCACCCCGAACAGAACACCAUGUCCGCCGCCACCACCGCCGCACUCACCGCGCGCCCCGUCCUCGCGGGCAAGCGCGUCCGCUCCGCCAAGACCGUCAGGUGUACCGCCCGCGUCUCCACGGUGACGCGCGCGUCCAAGGACCCCGUCGUCAACGCCCUGUCCGAGGUUCUCCCCGCCGCGAGCGGCGAGAAGAUCCGCGUGGGCAUUAACGGGUUCGGUCGCAUCGGUCGCCUCGUCAUGCGCGCCUCCUUGGUCCGCGACGACAUCGAGGUGGUCGCCGUGAAUGACCCCUUCGUCACCGCCGACUACAUGGCCUACAUGUUCAAGUACGACACGGUCCACGGCCAGUUCGCGGGCGACGCCAAGUACGGCGCCCAGGUCGAGUGCGACCCCGCCGAGGAGUGCCCGAUGGGCUUCAUCGUCGACGGCAAGUCCAUCGCCGUCUUUGCCGAGCGCGAUCCGGUGAACAUCCCGUGGGGCGCCAACGACGUCGACUUCGUCGUCGAGUCCACAGGCGUGUUCACCUCGCUCGAGGGUGCGCAAAAGCACAUAACCGCCGGCGCCAAGAAGGUUGUCAUCUCCGCCCCCUCCGGCGACGCCCCGAUGUUCGUCAUGGGCGUCAACAGCGACGAGUACACCGACGACCUCGACAUCGUCUCCAACGCGAGCUGCACCACCAACUGCCUGGCGCCCCUCGCCAAGAUCAUCGACGACACGUACGGCAUCGUCGAGGGAUUGAUGACCACCGUGCACGCGACGACCGCGACGCAGAAGACGGUGGACGGCCCGUCCAUGAAGGACUGGCGCGGCGGCCGAGGCGCCGGCGCGAACAUCAUCCCGUCGUCCACGGGCGCGGCGAAAGCCGUGGGGAAAGUGUUGCCCGCGCUCAACGGCAAGCUCACCGGGAUGGCCUUUCGCGUGCCCACGCAGGACGUCUCCGUCGUCGACCUCACCGUCCGCAUCGAGAAGCCCGCGUCGUACGAGGAGAUCUGCGCCGCGAUCAAGGAGGCGAGCGUCAACGGCGAUCUCAAGGGGAUCAUGGGUUACACCGAGGACGCCGUGGUGUCUGCGGAUUUCAUCGGCGACGAGCGCUCGUCCAUCUUCGACGCCACCGCGGGCAUCUCGCUCUCGCCCAACUUUGUCAAGCUGGUGAGCUGGUACGACAACGAGUGGGGGUACUCCAACAGGGUCGUCGACCUCAUCGCGCUCAUGCACUCCAAGAUGCCCUCCAAGGUUUCCGGCGGCGCGCGCUAAGCACCACCUGCACGGGUGGUGGUACAUAUUUUUGCAGCAGCUUUCGAAAUAUAGUUAUUUUUCUUCAGACUUCACAGCAUUUGCAGUGGGAGACGAGUUCGUUAUUCU